GACAACCUUCCUUCAUAUGCAUGUCAAUUCACGGUCUCUGUGUAACCUCUGCAGGAAUACAGUCACUACACGCUCUUUAACGUUUUCUAAAUCCCCUGCUCUCCCUUCAGGUCGCAUCUCUCUAUGACUUGGUUAUCGAAGGUGAAUCAGCAAGGCUUCGGAUAGGCCUCGUUUAUCACCAAGGGCUUCAGCCUCCAAAGGCAACAACAAUCUCAACGACAAAAUGACAGCAGCGUGGCAUGGAUUUAUACACUCAUGGCACACGCUUGCGAUCAUACUGAAAUGGAUGUGCAUCACAAUUGUUGGCAUUCCAUUUGCGAUCAUAAUAUGCGUAGCCAUCGGACUAUGUGCUAUUGCAUUCGCAGCCUUAUGUCUCGCAUCAUUGAUCCUUGCCUUGAUGAUGGUGUACUAUACCUUCAAGGCAAUCUUCAUUCUCCUGACCCGGCCGCCAACAUGGAUACGGGAGUUCAGGAUAGCUCGGGCAGAACGGGAACUUAUGCGUUUGCCAUUAGUCAACGUUCGGGCGCCUUUGGAACAGCGAGUGCUCCAGACUGUUCCCCGAGGAUACUUUCAAACUGCACCGAACACUCCUUUGCUACCACCGCCAAACACCCAUCUUCCUUUUCAGGCCAUGGUUCAGAUCUCUCCACCUCCUAUGGCACAUAUCGGUCAGGCGAUGUCAACCAAUGUUGCGAGUCCAAUCACUUCCCUACCAAGGAUCAUCGAAUGUCAGGUUUGUUUAGAUGAGAAAUUACCAGAGCAGUUCCCACCGAGAAACCCCACGGAUAAUUGUUUCCACGAAACAACAGACUGCUGCAGAGAAUGUUUGGCGCGGAGCAUCACAUCUAGCUUCGAAAGCAACGUCUGGAACGAUAUCAGAUGUCCAAUAUGCAAUCUCAGAUUAGAACACAAAGACAUAGCCGAGUUCGCAACCCCCGAGACAUUUCGAAGAUACGACGAUCUAAGCACCCGCCAGGCCCUUGAAAGUGAAAUCCCAAACUUCAGAUGGUGUCUCGGACCCGGCUGUUCAUUCGGCCAAGAGCAUCCGGACGAUCCAACCAAGCAGCCCCUCGCCACUUGCAGCGCGUGCGGGUUCAGCUCUUGCUCUUUUCAUAAUGUUCCGUGGCACGUUGGACAGACGUGCGAGCAGUACGGGGAGAACAUCAUCACGAAUCCUACAGAGGAAGAUAAGAAGACGGAGAAGAUCAUCAAGAGGUUGGCGAAGAGAUGUCCUGGGUGCAAGAGAUAUAUCACAAAGGUCGGGGGUUGCCAGCAUAUGUCGUGCCCUUGUGGGAAACAGUUCUGUUGGACCUGUUUACACAAUUAUCCUGGUCAUACUUGGGGCUGCACGAGACGGUGAUGCGCCAAGGGACGCUGGACCUUGAGGACGGUUCAGUAUCUUGAAUCGGGAAUGAAAGAUGUUGAGUAAGGCUGAACAGCUUAGAUGUACAUACUGUCUGACAAUGCACACUU